AUGUCGACGCUUAAGAAUUCCUUCAGACUUGGAGAAGUAGAAGGCCUUCCUACCUCCGCCAACGAUGAUUCUCCAGCUCAUCCUCUCCCUGCCUCGUGGUAUUCUUCGCAAGAUAUGCACGAACUUGAGCGACGCGCCAUAUUCAGCCGGAAAUGGCUUCUUACCACACACAAGCUACGUUUUUCUAAGACAGGUGACUGGCUCCGAUACGACAUCGCCGGGUACGCUUUUAUUUUGGUGAAGGAUCGUGAGGGCAAUGUCAAUGCUUUCCACAACAUCUGUCGCCACCGUGCGUUCCCAGUGGUAACCGAAGAGCGUGGCACUUCCCAAAUUUUCUCUUGUCAAUAUCAUGGAUGGUCCUACAGCCUUAAUGGCAAACUUGCUAAAGCACCCGGGUAUCAAGAACUGGAAGGUUUCGACAAAAGCAAGAACGGCCUUCUCCCGAUCCAUGUUCAUAUUGACGUCAACGGUUUUGUCUGGGUCAACCUUGAUGCCGGCAAGAAGCCCGAGAUCUCAUGGGAAGAUGACUUCAAAGGAAUCGACUUCCAGUCACGCUUUGAGAGGUUUAACUUUGAAAACUACAACUUCAACCACGCCUGGGAGAUGAGUGGAAAUUAUAACUGGAAGAUUCUGGCAGACAAGGAUAACGAAUCCUACUUUCCUUUGAUUUUCAAUUUCAGCUCACAUGCAAUGGAUAUUAGAGACGUCAAAUCCACACCUGAGGAGAUUGCCAAUGGACUGAAUACUGCCAGUGCUUACUAUUUCCCUAAUGCUGCUAUGACCGUCUCGCCGCAUUUCUUCUUCAUGCAACGACUUGUGCCUACGGGCCCCACCACAUGCUCGGUGCGCUAUGAAGUCUACCGCAACAAGAACUCUAGCGAUGACGAGUUUGACUUCAUCAACCAAACUUACAAGCGGAUGAUGCCUGAAAAGAAAUGUCUCUGCGCUGAAACACAAAAGAAUGUCAACACAGAGGUCUCUGUGAAUGACCAACUCCACCGCACGAAAGAGGGAUUAGUCUUCCAGACUCUCGUUCGUAGGUUGAUUGCAGAGCACCAUAAGCGGGAGGAGGACGCAGGGGAGCAGUUUUGGCCCGCACAACAAAGGCUCCCCAAGGAAGAGGCUGUAAGCAAAGAUGAUAUGGACUUUUGCUCCAAGCUGACAAGUAAUAACGGAUCAACUUUGACUGCGGGGGGUUGUUGUGGAGGAGGAUGUGGAGGUGGACCUCCCACCAUUGCAGCUACGGCACCUGAGACUGUGGUGAUUCAAUGA